AUGUCUAACGAAGGGACGUCUUCCGAUAAAGAAGUUUUGCCGGACCGGAAUGGAGCAGAAGAAACUAACGAGGACUUAGUGGUCAAUGAUUCCGAAAACGCUAGUGAGACUUCAGCGAAUGGAACUGGCCUGUCGAAAAGUGCGUUGAAGAAGUUGAAAAAUCGGGAGAAGUAG